GCAAGCUUGAUUCAGACAGGUGUGGUCUCUAAGGUUAGAUGGGUCUUGAAGGACAGGAGGACCAAGGUGUUCUGUCUUUAGUGAGCAGGCAGGGUGCUAUUUAUUUUUACGUCUAUGAACAGCUUUAAGUUGAGCUUUAAGUCUUGAAAACUAGAUAGAAAGCAAAAUAAAUAUCCAAGCACUGAAUUUUUUUUUUUGCAAUACUUCAACUCUAAUAGCUCUGUCUUUUCUUCAGCUUAAGCUCCGCCGCCACCACAAACAGUCUCAACCUUGUAAAUUUUGGAAGCAGAAAGCCUGAGGAAUCAGCUGUGAAACUGUUUAAUAGAGAUGACUACAUCAGCGACUAAACUACAGGAGAACUACAACCAGCAGGGCUUCCUCUCAGCGCUGCCUGUACUCAAUGGCGCUGAGCUCAGGGAGGCCAGACAAGCCUUUUCUGAGCUGGAGAAGGAGUUUGGUGAGGAGUACACUCAGUACAGUCUCCACAACGUUCACCUUUAGUAUCCGUGGGUGAUGGGCCUCACCAAACACCCUUGUAUCCUGGAAGUGGUCAAAGCCAUCCUGGGCCCUGAUGUCAUCCUGCUGGACUCCCGCUUCAUCUGUAAAUACCCGACACUCAAAGCAGCCAACAUCCAGGAGAAGGAAGAAAACAAAGCUGACGAGAGCAAACUUCCAUACGUGGCCUGGCAUCAGGAUAUGAAGUAUUGGGGUAUUGCUGGUGGCCCUGUUCUCUCUGUGUGGCUUGCCUUAGAUGACUCACUGAAAGAAAACGGUGCCCUUCAGGUCAUCCCAGGCAGCCACUGCUCCGGCAUGUUGCUCCAUCGUCAAGCCGUCCGUCCUGGAAACAUGCUGUCGGUCAACCAGGAGAUCCCAGAGGAGCUGGUGCAGGUGGAGGAAGCUGUGCUCUGUCUUCUGUCAGCUGGACAGAUGUCUAUUCACGAUGGACUCCUCGUCCAGGCAAGUGAUGCCAACACAUCUCAGAGGAGGCGCUGUGGCUUCGUGAUCCGAUACUUCCCCACCUGUGCCUCCCUCACAGAGGAUCCUGACCGUCCAAGGAAAUUUCAUGCAACAAUGUUGGUCUCUGGAACCGACCAGUUCAACCAUUUCUCCAACAAAAGCACAUGAAUAUUUACUGGAGUCUUCCUGCUGCUUGAAUCAUUGUUGCUUUUUACACUUGACAGGAAUACAAUAUAGUAUAUAUAAAAUAAUAUCAUCGGGAAUACAGCCAACAUCCAGGAGAAGGAAGUGUUUACUGUAUAUUUAUGACCAAUAGAAUAACUAUGCUGUGCCGUAUUGACGACGUCUCAACUGUGAAUUACUCGCGAAUGAACGGCGUUUUCGCAAUGUAAUAUAUGUUAUUGUGACACCGUUACCAUAGUAACUUGUUGUGAAGCCUUAAAUAAAUGUAACAGAAAUGACACAAACAGCAGCGAAUUACAGUGUUUGUAAAUUUUACAUCAUCAUAUUAGGGGCUCGACUGUUGUGUUGUAAAAAAAAAAAAAAAAUUUAUUCCUCAUCGAUAACCACCGAAUACCCCU